UGGAAAGGGAAGAGGACAGCAGUGAUGAUGAUAUCGAAACUAGUCUUCCAGAGGAUCCGGAAACAUGUCUGCAGAUGAACCAUGUGUACCAGGAAGUUAUCCAGGAGAAGAUUGAGGAAGUUGAACUUCUGAUUGCACAAAACAAAGAACAGCAGAAGGAAAUUACGUGGGAGCUUGGUGGUCCAAAACCAGCAAAAGCAAGAGAUGGUAGAACUUUACCAGCGAAUAUAUUUUUGGGUCAUUUUAUGAAGCCAUACUUUAAGGAUAAAGCAACAGGAAUUGGCCCUCCUUCCAAUGAAGAUGCCAGGGAAAAGGCAGCUCAAGGCAUAAAAUCCUUUGAACAACUACUUGUGACAAAAUGGAAGAGCAAAGAGAAGACGUUAUUGCACCAAUCAGUUGUGAGUGACCGCUUGCAGCGCCUACUUCAGCCAAAGUUACUGAAGUUGAGUUACUGGAAUCAGAAGCUGGAAAAAGUCAAGACAGAAAUGGAGAAACAGAUCUUGGAAAAGCAAAUCAAAGAAGCAGAACGAGAAAUAGAGGCGAUCAACCAACUCCCAGAAAGCGAGUUGUUAGGAAACAGAUUCGAUGAGCAUGACUGGGAGAAAAUUUCAAACAUCCACUUUGAUGGACAUCGUAGUUCAGAAGCAUUGAGAAAGUUUUGGCAAAAUUGGGAGCAUCCGAGCAUCAACAAAAAGGAAUGGAGUGAGGAGGAAAUAGAGAAGCUAAAGGAAAUAGCUGCUAAUCACAAUUACCUGGACUGGCAGACUGUAGCCGAGGAGCUGGGGACUAACAGGACCGCUUUCCAGUGCCUGCAGAAGUACCAAGCUUAUAACAAAGACUUGAAAAGGAAAGAAUGGACCAAAGAAGAAGACCAGAUGCUUGCAGAUCUUGUUCAAGAGAUGAGAGUUGGAAGUCAUAUCCCAUACAAGAAAAUUGCUUAUUACAUGGAAGGAAGAGAUUCUACUCAACUGAUUUACCGAUGGACCAAGAGCGUAGAUCCCAGUUUAAAGAAAGGACCCUGGGCGCCCGAGGAAGAUGCUAUGUUGUUGAGCGCAGUUAAGAAGUAUGGAGCCCGUGACUGGUAUAAAAUUCGGACAGAAGUACCAGGAAGAAGCGAUGCUCAGUGCAGAGAUCGGUACUUAAAAGCAUUGCACUAUGAUGUAAAGAAAGGCAGGUGGAGUUUAGAGGAAGAGGAACAGCUAAUUGAACUGGUGCAAAAGCAUGGCCUGGGUCACUGGAGUAAAAUAGCUUCUGAACUGUCACAUCGGACUGGCUCCCAAUGCCUAAGCAAGUGGAAACUCUUGAUUGGGUCUAAGGAAGAAAGACAUAGGCCAAGGAAACGCCAGCACGGGUGCAGAGAAAGUUCCAGCUCUUCUGAGAGUAGCAGUGAAGACAUAGAACUGGAGAUAACGGACAGUUCAGAGGAGGAGACAAGCAAGGAGGAGUGCACAUUUCCUAGCAUUGAUUUGUGGAUACCAACACGGACAAAUCCACAGGAGUCAGACAAAGGAAGAUGCCAAACUUCAUCCCUUUUCUCUUCUGUAAGUGCUGAUGCAAAGAUCAGUAACAAUGAAGUUCCAAAUGCACCAUUUGAUGGAGGCAGGGAUGGAGUCGCUGAUAAAUCGGCAGAGUUGAACACCAUCCUGAGGGGCAUUGCGCAUCCACAUUCAACUGACAUCAUUGUGAAGAAUCCCAUGGAAGAAGUGACCAAGGCUUCCAGAUGUGGAAAGCAAGUGCUACGAGUUACUCUGGAGGAUGUGAGAAGAGUAUUAAGAAAAAACACAUGCUUUCAGAGAAAACACCAAUCAAAGAUAGUAAAACCUUCUGCCACCGCUUCAACAAAAUUAUCUGGAGUUAGUACAUCUGUUGGCCAGAGGCCUCAGGGGCUGCAGGACAGCAUGGAGAAAACCUCUCGUCAAGAGAGAGAGCGUUUGAAAAGAAUAAACCUUGACAGAAGGCUUCUAAUGGCUGUGACACCUUGGGUAGGCAAUGUACUGCUGCCUUGCACCUUGCCAACUGGGAAGAUGGCUUUUCAUCAGACUAAAGCCGAUGCUAUUCAGGAGAAGACAAGGUCCAUCAGUCUCACGAGCACUCCCCUGUUCACCCUUUUCAUUCAGCUCUUUCAGAUUGAUACCAGUGGCUGCAUGAAGGUUAUUCGUGAGAGAAGGUUAAGGCAGUCAGAGCUCCUUAAGGCUAACGCGGGAAGGCCUCAGCAGGCUUCCCAAAAUACGGAGACUUCUUCAGGUACCUACCAGAACACUUAUUUUUAUGAUUUACAAGGACUUUCACUUAAUUCAUCACCAUUACGUUAAGCACCAGUUUAACUGAAGGAGAGCUUUUGGAACAAAACCACAUUGCUCGUUUUGGCUAGCUCUUAGAUUUUUCAGUUAUUGGCUAAGUAUGUUACCCCUUUGGUAAGGAGUGGCAAAAAUAUUGAAGGGAAAGGGGGAGCCCAUGGCACUGUGGCACCAGUUCUGCAGACUAUCCCUGUGACGCUCUCUUCCAGCAAGGUGUUGGCUGUGCGCUGUAGUGACCAUGGUGGCACAGACCAAAACCCCAGUUUGUUGUUGUUAUCCUGGCUGGUGUGGAGUGCCUGUGUCAUGCUGACCAGUACACUUGCUCAUGUGUAGUGUUAAGGUGCAUUCCUAGCCUGUAUAUGAUUUCUAGGAAAAUAUUUUGUGUCAAUACUGAGCGAUUGCUGAGCUUGCUGUCAAUUGCUGAGCUUGCUGUAUCAGUAUUCUCUGAAGGACCUCAGAAUAGGGCUUGAUUAAAUCCAUGUUGUAGUGUUGCAGGAACUCCCUGUCUCUUUCAAAUGGGAAUUUUGCUUCUGCUUGUGCAGAGUACUUUAUAUUUAAUAGCUGAGGAAUGGCUUCUAAAGUCUUUUGGUUCUUUGAAAACACUGUUCAAUUUUUUUUUCCCCCCCUCCUCCAUCCUCUGUAGGCAAUUCAUCGCACCCUUGCACUCAGAGGAACUCCCAAAGGGGCGUA